AUGGAAUUAAGACGCUCUACCAGACGCAAAACUGCAGUCAAAUGUCAAGUUAUUGAACCGCCAGCACCAGCGCACACGACAAUCACUCGCAGGUCGAGAAGGGUCAAGGAAGUGGUGAGACCACAGGUAAGAAAAAGAGGACCCGCAAUAAGACUAUGCAGACCACAAUUCCGCGGUCCUGAGCGGCAACAUGAGCCCGUGCAGAAAAAAAGCACAAACACCUCCGCAAACUAUCUUGUGGAUCGUGAAACUGUGCGUUCCUGUCUCGACACGUUCGAACGCAUGGCGGAGCAAACCGAUAUAAAUGAUGAAAGGCAAAGUGUCAGUGGGCUGUCUCAGCAAUUGCGUAACUUUAUCGAAGCGAUAGAAGAGUUUGCUGUCAAAGAAAAGUCAGACAACGCUUCACUGCUAGAUCGCAUAAAAAGCGAGGCCAAAAUGCCAAAAGUGACUUCUCCAGCUUCCAAAGCUGAUCUGCUACUCACAAAAAUCCUUGUUGAUAAAAGAGUCACGGACCCUGAAGGCCUGGCCGUGGUAGCAAAAUGGCACGGUAUCGAUACGCAGGACGUUGCCGAUAUCACUUUCAAUCGCGAAAAGGGAAGACCCAAGCUCGAUCACAACGCACAAUACAGAUUUGAUCAGCAAUGUGUUAAUAAGAGAGUCAACAGGUUACUCUUGCUGGAGCGCAAUAGCUCUCUGGGGUGGCCCGAAAGGAAAAGAAAAAUUCCCUCCACUGUUCCAGCGUCAGGCGUGGGCGAAAGCUAUUCCGAGGUCGCCUUGAUGUCUUGA